AUGGCACCGACGAAUGAUCCGCGGAGAAUAUUGGAAAUAUUGGAAGAGUCAGAUGAAGACCAGUCAAAUUCUGCUUCGGACGCCGACGUUGAAGACCAUUUAUCGGAACGAAGUAACGAUAACGGCACCGAACAACAAGUUUGUUUUAUUGAUUCUGAUACGGAAUCUUAUUCAUCAAGCAAUUUGGACCUUUUGACAUUACAAAGUCAACAAAAUCGGCAUGUGUUCAAAGGAAGAGAUGGAAAUUUAUAUAUGCCCUGA